UAAAGACAUGCAAAAAGACACCUACAACAUCAACCAAUAUCUGUGUGGAAAUGGCCCCAGUUGUAUUGGCAGAGGACAGAGAUAUCCCCAGGUUGCUGCGUGUGCUUUGCAGUCUUCUGGUGAUUACUCCACUGUCCCUCAUAAGUCAAGACCAGUUCCUGACGGCUGCGAGUGCAGUGGCAAUAACCAGUCUUCCAGAACAUCACCCAUCCUCAGCAGCAACCUCCACUUGCAGUCUCCCAAUUAUCGGGUUUCUGAUCCGAGCAUUAGCUCGGUUCCCAAGGAUCUUCGGCAAGACUUACAAACGCCCGCCAUACAAGUUUUCUCUUGGAUGAAGGAGUCCCGCCAGAACACGAAACAGAAAGCACACUGUGCCAACUCAGUGGAGAACUAUCUAGCUGAGAGUCGGUCGGAUUCCGCCUGCUCAAAGCGCGCUCGGACAGCCUAUACCGGCGCGCAGCUCUUAGAGUUGGAGAAGGAAUUCCACUUCAGUCACUACCUCUGCCGUUCACGGCGCAUGGAGAUGGCGAAUCUGCUGAACCUCACUGAGCGGCAGAUAAAGAUCUGGUUUCAAAACCGGAGAAUGAAGCACAAGAAGGAUCAACGGAACGUGGGCAUGACGCAUUCUACUGAGGAGUUACCUUAUAGUCCAAAGCUGCCGUCCGCGGGUGCGGUCACUGGGGGAAGCGGCUAUCGAUACCCAAUGCAUUCUGCUCACCACAACUUGCGUUAUGAACCGCCAUCUCCUAGUAAAUCCCUUCUCGAUGCAUGCAAUUUAUUUGCGUCACAUCCGUCUCCACUGGUAAACGACGCAUCGCUCCAAGGCCAGUGUUCAGAAACUGUGAGUAAAAGCACUGCGACCAAUUACGAGAUGAAUGGUCUACGAGACAGCAGCAGAUGGACACAUGGACAGAGACGUUAUCAGGGAAGCGGCUGCUGCUCAGUCCAAGAAGCUAGCACUGAUACGCCAUUAGUUUCCGGACAGACAAAUCACCUUCACCAUCCCUCUGACUGCAUGGACUAUAUUGGGGAAACCCUUUUAGGUAACAGCCAUUCCUGCGAUCCCAACCCUAGCACACUCGCAGACCCAACAUUGCACUGCACUCAGGGAAUAAUCCAGGAAUUACCCAGACUUACUCAUCUUUGAUGGGGAAACAAGACCCUAUGCCCCGAAUGCCUCAUCUCCCCUUCCCUAGUUCUUCAGGUUGUGCGGAGUUCUUUUUGCCCUCUGUAUAAACUCAUGACAUAGGCCUACUCUGACGUAGGCUAGGUAAUCGAGUGUACAUAAUGUUUGUCUAAUGUAAUAGCGGAAGGAUCAAAAUAUUGAAUGUGAAUGUGAAUGUGAAUCUUUGUGUCCGUUCUUGAAGAGCUUGCUUCAGUGCAGUUGAUUUCAUGGUCUGUGGAAUUAUAUUGAUGGUCUAAUGAUGCGCUAAAUUUUGGGAUUUGGCGGCGCCAUCUAAAAGAAUUUAAAAAUACAGACAACAUUGUUAUGGUUAAGUAUUGCAGUAGGCUAAUGGCAUUUGAAGUUAACUUCAAUGAUAUGCAUGAAUGAAACACAAAGCAAAUGAACAGGACACAUGCAUCUGAUUUUCAAUAAAUGUCGUCAUUGUCAUGCUGCUCCCAAUCGAGUGAUUUUAUGUUAAUGUUAAAUAUGAUCAAAUAAAUUUCGCAAUGUUUACAGUG